GUAGAGCCUAGCAACAACGCAGGCUCCCAGUCGAGUCCGUUAUGGCUGCUGCCGCCUUAGGGAGGGUGAGGGGGGCCGCGCAAGGGAAGCUGCUGCCCUGGCUGAGCAUCCAGGCCCCUGGAGGAAUGGCGCGGCCGCUGGUCUUGGCGCUCCUGUUUGCGUCCGCUACGCUGCCCAGUGCUCUAGCACUGGCUGAUUCACCAAGCCAAGCUGUAUCCAACCCAGAUGUUUUUACUGCAAAUGCGAGCGCUUUAACACGUGAAAACCAAACCAGAUCUUCUGCUUCCCAGAUCAGUACUACUGUCCCUCCCAUAACUAGUACACAGAAAAGUGGAGGAGCAUCUGUGGCCCCUCAUCUCUCACCUACUACUUCUCUGCCCCAAGAGGACGCUGAUAACAAUGAAGAUCCUAACAUAGAGGAGGAGGUUCUUUUCACACUGAAUAGUUCUCCAGCCACAGCCAAAGACACUCAGGACAAUGGAGAUUAUGGAGAUUACGACUGGACCGCCAGCCCCAGGGACGAUGAGUCCGAGGAGACCUUGGAAGAAAACAGGGGAUACAUGGAAAUUGAACAGUCAGUGAAAUCCUUUAAGACCCCAUCCUCAAAUAUAGAAGAGGAAGAUAGCCAUUUCUUUUUUCAUCUUCUUAUUUUUGCUUUUUGUAUUGCUGUUGUUUACAUUACAUAUCACAACAAAAGGAAGAUUUUUCUUCUGGUUCAAAGCAGGAAAUGGCGUGAUGGUCUUUGUUCCAAAACAGUGGAAUAUCAUCGUCUCGACCAGAAUGUUAAUGAGGCAAUGCCUUCUCUGAAGAUUACCAAUGAUUAUAUUUUUUAAAGUACUGUGAUUUGAGUUUGCUUAUUAUGUAAUUUUAUUUGCUUGACUUUUUAUAUGAUAUUGUGCAGAUAUUUGCCAUAGGCAGUUGGUACUUAAAUGGGAGGUGGGUCCCUCUUUAUUUUGCCUUGGUGUUUUGCAAAUUAAAUUCACAAACAAGGAGUAUAUAAUUUUUUAUCUACACUUUUAGAGCUGAAUUCAAUCAGGUGUCCAAAAUGUAGAGCUGAGCAUUACCUUAUAUUUACUCUGUUAGUUUUUUUGUUUUAUAUUUCUUUACGUACUUCUGGAAGUAUUUGUAAUGUUACUUUUAAAAGAUCCCAAACUUAUAACAAAAUCCUAACAUACCUGGUACUGCUGGACUCUGAUUCUCUCUCUGCCAUCCAAAUACUAUUAAGCACACAUUAUUUUGUGCUUCCAAACUGGCAUGUACAAGGAUAUAUGUGAUAAUACUUUGCAUUUAAGUAAUAAUUUUUUCUUUCAGGAAAACUGCUCUGGAUAUUUUUGGAUAGUUUAAGCAUAAUUUAAGAUGAUGAUAUUGCUCAAAUUGACCACACUUUUAGGUAACACAUUAAAUGUGUCCAGAAAUUCUGGCAAUAGAAACUUUGCAACUUGCAGUGGGCAUAGAUAAAUGUUAUAGGGAUAUUUUUUGUUUGAAUUCCUGAAUUAAAUUCAGAGGUAGGAAUUGUGGUAAAAUAUUAAAUACAUAUGCAGUCGCUUUUAGCUAGCAGUUGAUUGUAGCACGGGUUCCUCCAAGUCUUCAUGCAAGGGGCAAAAUGGAAAAUUAUAUGAGAUUUGCUUUCUUUGUUUAUUAUUUUAUAGUAAGUUUGAAUAAAUCUUAGAGGCCAGUAUCACUUAUAUAAUACUGUAUCGAGGUCUUUCAAAUUUUAAUUAUACCUGAAUGAAGUUGUUUGUAUACAUAAAGGAUAUAUGUGUACACUGACCUUUUUUCCCCUUGUACUUGUUUUAUUUUCCUUGUUUAUUUACAGCGACUGGAAAUUAUUUACUGUAUUUUAUUUUUGCCUAUCUUUCCGUCAUAAAGAAUUGAUCAAUAUGUAAAUAUGUGAUUUGAAGCAUGGUUGACUUAAAGUGUCACUGUACAAGUUUUCAGAAAAUGUAAUCCCUAAUAUUCUUUAAACACCCACCUAUAAAGCCCAGGCGAGUCAUUGGGUAUGUGCUUUGUAUAGAGAUGGAAGUCCAUCAUUUCUCCCAGGUGGACAAUUUACUGUCCUGAUAAGGAAGGGAAGCACAAUAGAAAUACACCUGAACUGUUUUAUUGCAGUAAUUUUUUUCAUAUUUGAAAUUGUAUUAUUUAAUAUUUUGAAUAAGAUUUUAAAAAAUAAACGGCAAAGAUAUAAAUC